GCCACAACGCACCGCCUACGCGCGGGGCAUCGGCGGUAAGUACUCCUUGAACUUCUUAAAGGUACCAGCUGCACCUGCAGCCUUGCGACAAAUCGCAAGAAAUAAUCAACUAAACAAGCUUUACAAAUCCCUUUCUUGCGUUCUUUUUCAAUUUGGCCAGGUUAAGAAUCAAUCAAUCAAGAUGGGUUCGGAAGACCCAAACCCUCUGCUUUCGUCACAGAAAUCUUCAGAUUCCGGACUUCAGGCUGUUCUCCAUCCCCUCGUCCUUCUCACAAUCUCAGAUUACAUCACGCGACACACGCUGAGAGCACAGAAGGGACCUGUGGUUGGUGCUUUGAUAGGACAGCAAAAUGGAAGAGAAGUUACUAUUGAGCAUGCUUUUGAGUGUGCUACAAUCGUCGAGAAUGGCGAUGUCAUUCUUGAACCCGAUUGGUUCGAACAGCGAUUAGAUCAGAUGAAAACGAUACACAAAUCUCCCCAACUCGAUCUUGUCGGCUGGUAUACCGUUCUGCCCAAGAGUGGCCCUACCCCGUCGAUACUUCCUAUUCACAACUGGAUCCUAUCACAGCACAACGACUCCCCCCUCCUUCUCGGAUUCCACCCUGAAGAGGCCGUCCAACAAGCAGCAGGAAGCAAGCUCCCUCUAACCAUCUACGAAUCCAACUACGAGGUUGAUGAGCCGAAGGCGGAGCAAGGCGAGGACAAAGAGAUGCGGGAUGGGGAUCCUCCCUUGAAGUUGAAAUUCAGAGAGCUACCUUAUUCGGUGGAGACGGGUGAGGCAGAAAUGAUAAGCAUGGACUUUGUCGCUCGAGGCGCUGGAAACGCGACCGUGGUCGAGCCUAGACAGCAGAAAAAACCGGAGUCGGACCUGAAGGGUAAACAGCCUGCAAAAGCGGCAGACCCUCAAGAGAAGGAUGGGAAAUCUGAAGAGCACAUACUGACCAGCGAGGACGAGGAGCUGAUUGCGGCGCUCACGGCCAAGGCAAAUGCAAUCAAGAUGUUACAAUCUCGCGUGAACCUCCUCACAACGUAUCUGGAACGACUACCUCCGUCUUACUUAUCUCCGAACAACGCUACAAACCUUGCCGAGGCUCAACAGACAACCCCCUCGCACACAAUCCUCCGAUCUAUCCAGGCCCUUGUCAACAGGCUAUCGCUGUUAGCACCAUCAAACACGGAUGCUUACGAGGAGGAGAUGACCAGCGAGGCCAACGAUGUACACCUAAUGGAGCUUCUAGACGAGGUGCUUCAGAGUGCCACGGAAGCCCGUGAUGUUGGCAAGAAGCACAGUAUUGUGGAGAGCGCGAAAGCCCACCACAGGCGAAUGGUGGAAAGUUCAGGAAGCUUGGGCCUGGGCUUCGGUCCCUCCAACCCGGGAGACCUUGCGAUUUAGCAGAGAACAUUGUUCUUAGGGGGAAGAGGGUAGAUCCAAGACGGGGUGCACUUCGCAAUAUGAUUCUUUGCAUCUGCAAGGCGUUUUAGAGGUUAGGCUAGGUAAUCAAGCUGUGUGUUGGGCAAUGACCCAUAAAUCAAGUUACGACAGGAUUAUGAUAUCAAUAGGCCCUUGAGUUAGCAAUAAGGCUUGUUGAGGGUUAUGGUGGACCGAAAAGGGCACGAGAUAAAUGAUUAA